AUGGCGGGCGCGGCGCUCCGGCGGGGCCUGGCGCUGCGGGCGCUGCCCGCGCUGCUGCUGCUGCUCCCGGCGCUGCGGGCGCGGCGGGCGGCGGGCACCGGCAUGGGCGCCUGCUACGACGGCGCGGGGCGCGCGCAGCGCUGCCUGCCCGAGUUCGAGAACGCGGCGUUCGGCCGGCGCGUGCAGGCCUCGCACACGUGCGGCGCCCCGCCCGAGGACUUCUGCCCGCACGUGGGCGCGCCGGGCGCGGGGGCGCAGUGCCAGCGCUGCGACGCCCAAGACCCCCGGCGCCACCACAACGCCUCCUACCUCACCGACUUCCACAGCCAGGACGAGAGCACCUGGUGGCAGAGCCCGUCCAUGGCCUUCGGCGUGCAGUACCCCACCUCGGUCAACCUCACCCUCCGCCUGGGGAAAGCCUACGAGAUCACCUACGUGAGGCUGAAGUUCCACACCAGCCGCCCCGAGAGCUUCGCCAUCUACAAGCGCAGCCGCGAGGGCGGCCCGUGGGAGCCCUACCAGUACUACAGCGCCUCCUGCUGGAAGACCUACGGCAGGCCCGAGGGCCAGCACCUGCGGCCGGGGGAUGACGAGCGCGUGGCCUUGUGCACCUCGGAGUUCAGUGACAUCUCCCCGCUGAGCGGGGGCAACGUGGCCUUCUCCACCCUGGAGGGCCGGCCCAGCGCCUACAACUUCGAGGGGAGCCCUGUGCUUCAGGAGUGGGUCACCAGCACCGAGCUCCUCGUCUCCCUAGACCGGCUCAACACGUUUGGGGAUGACAUCUUCAAGGACCCCAAGGUGCUGCAGUCCUACUACUACGCCGUGGCUGACUUCUCGGUGGGGGGCAGGUGCAAGUGCAACGGGCACGCCAGCGAGUGCGGGCCGGACAGCACGGGCCGGCUGGGCUGCCGAUGCCAGCACCACACCACGGGCUCCGACUGCGAGCGCUGCCUGCCCUUCUUCCAGGACCGGCCCUGGGCCCGGGGCACCGCCGAGGCUGCCAACGAGUGUCUGCCCUGCAACUGCAGCGGCCACUCCGAGGAGUGCACGUUUGACCCGGAGCUCUUCCGAAGCACGGGGCACGGCGGGCGCUGCCUGCGCUGCCGCGACCACACAGCCGGGCCGCACUGCGAGCACUGCCAGGAGAACUUCUACCGCUGGGGCCCCCAGACUCGGUGCCAGCCCUGUGACUGCCACCCCGCAGGCUCCCUGCGCCUCCAGUGCGACGCCGCAGGCACCUGUGUCUGCAAGCCCACCGUGACGGGCUGGAAGUGCGACCGCUGCCUGCCCGGGUUCCACUCGCUCAGCGAGGGAGGCUGCAGACCCUGCACUUGCGAUCCUGCUGGCAGUCUGGGCACCUGUGACCCCCGCAGUGGGCGCUGCCCCUGCAAAGAAAACGUGGAAGGCAGCCUGUGUGACCGGUGUCGCCCGGGGACUUUUAACCUGCAGCCCCUCAACCCAGCCGGCUGCAGCAGCUGCUUCUGCUAUGGCCAUUCCAAGGUGUGCACAGCUGCUGCCCAGUUCCGGGUGCACCACAUCCUUUCCAGCUUCCGCCAGGGAGCCGAGGGCUGGCGGGCCGGAAGCGUGGGCCCGGAGCAGCCAGCACGAUGGAGCCCAGGUGGGCUCCUCCUGGGCCCAGAAGAGGAACUCACAGCGCCAGGGAAGUUCCUGGGAGACCAGCGGUUCAGCUAUGGGCAGCCCCUCACGCUGACCUUCUGGGUCCCCCCUGAGGGCUCCCCACUCCCCAUGCAGCUGAGGCUGGAAGGGGCAGGCCUGGCCCUGAAUCUGCGCCACUCCAGCCUCUCGGGACCCCAGGCCGCUGCGCAGCGCGGGGAGGUGCAGCUCCGGUUCCAGUUGCAGGAGACCUCGGAGGACGCGGACCCGCCGCUGCCGCCCUUCCACUUCCAGAGGCUGCUCGCCAACCUCACCGUGCUGCGCAUCCGCACGGGAGGCCCAAGCCCAAGCCCUCCGGGGCAAGUGUGGCUGAGGGAGGUCCGGCUCGUGUCGGCUCAGCGGGGCCUUUCGCCCCCCUCCUGGGUGGAGACCUGCUCGUGCCCCAAGGGGUAUGAGGGCCAGUUCUGUGAAUCCUGUGCCCCAGGAUACAAGAGGGAGACCCCACUGGGGGGUUCCUAUGCCAACUGUGUCCCCUGCACCUGUAACCAGCAUGGCACCUGUGACCCCAACACAGGGAUCUGCCUGUGUGGCCACCACACCGAGGGCCCCUCCUGUGAGCGCUGCUCGCCAGGUUUCUAUGGCAACGCCUUUGCAGGCCACGCCGACGACUGCCAGCCCUGCCCGUGCCCUGGACAGUCGGCCUGCACGGUCAUCCCGGAGAGCAGCGAGGUGGUGUGCACCCACUGCCCCCCGGGCCAGAGAGGGCGGCGCUGUGAGAUCUGUGAUGAUGGCUUUUUUGGGGACCCCCUGGGGCUCUCUGGGGCCCCUCAGCUCUGCCAGAGGUGCCAGUGCAGUGGGAAUGUGGACCCCAAUGCCGUGGGCAACUGUGACCCCCUGUCUGGCCGCUGCCUGCGCUGCCUACACAACACGACGGGCGACCACUGUGAGCGCUGUCAGGAAGGCUUCUACGGGGACGCCCUGGCCCCACGGCCUGCACACAAAUGUUUGCGCUGUAGCUGCAACCCAGAGGGCUCGGUCAGGGAGCAGAAACCUUGCGACCCAGGGACUGGCCAGUGCGCCUGCCUGCCUCACGUGACCGGACGGGACUGCAGCCGCUGCAGCCCCGGCUUCUAUGACCUCCAGCCUGGGAGCGGCUGCCGGAGCUGCAAGUGCCACCCGCUGGGCUCCCAGGAGGACCAGUGCCAUCCCAAGACUGGGCAAUGCCCCUGCCGCCCGGGCGUCGGGGGCCGGGCUUGUGACCGAUGCCAGCAAGGCUUCUUUGGCUUCUCCAUCAAGGGCUGCCGGGCCUGCAGGUGCUCGCCGCUGGGUGCCGCCUCGGCCCAGUGCCACGAGAACAGCACGUGCGUGUGCAGGCCCGGCUUCGUGGGCUACAAGUGUGACCGCUGCCAGGACAACUUCUUCCUCACAGCGGACGGCACACAGUGCCAGGAGUGCCCAUCCUGCUACGGUCUGGUGAAGGAGGAGACUGCCAAGCUGAAGGCCAGGCUAGCCCUGAUGGAGGGAUGGCUGGAGGGGUCCGACUGUGGCAGGCCCUGGGGACCUCUGGACAUUCUGCAGGGAGAGGCCCCUCGGGGAGACAUCUACCAAGGCCACCACCUGCUCCAAGGUACCCGGGAAGCCUAUCUGGAGCAGAUGACAGGCCUGGAGAGUGCUGUGAAAUCUGCCCAGGAGCAGCUGCAGGCGCUGAGAAGGAGUGCCCGCUGUACUCAUGCUGGAACAAAGACCUGCCUCCAGCUCGCUGACCUAGAGGCAGUGCUGGGGUCCUCCGAGGAGGAGAUUCUGCAUGCGGCCACUGUCCUCAAGUCUCUGGUGAUUGCCCAGGAAGGGCCUGGCCAGCCCACCAACUGGAGCCAUCUGGCCAUGGAGGCCCGCUCCUUGGCUAGGAGCCACAGGGACACCGCUGCCAAGAUCGAGGCCACGGCUCGGAGGGCCCUGCUUGCCUCCAACACCAGCUACGUGCUUCUCUGGAAUGUGCUGCAGGGCAGAGCGGCGCUGGAGGCCCAGGGGGAGCUGGAGGACAGGUACCAAGAGAUCCAGGCGGCCCAGAAGGUGCUGGCCACAGCCGUGGCAGAGGCGCUGCCAGCAGCUGAAAGUGCACUGGCCACCACGCAGCACAUGGGCACAGACAACACCCUGCACCUGGCCUUGCGCACCACCCCUGCAGCACCGCCUCAGAAGUCUCAGGCCCAGAACCUGGACCAGAAGGCACAGGCCCUGGAGAAGACGGUUGCAUCUAGAGAGCGCACAGUCACCGAGGCUGCCCGGGCCCUCCAGGCCGCUGCCCAGGGCCUGCUGCACAAGACAGAGCCUCUCAUGCAGCUGCACCGGGAGGCCAGAGCCGCCCUGACCUGGGCUUCCUCGUCUGUCCAGGCUGCCACGGUCACCGUCACCGGAGCCAGGACCCUGCUGGCGGACCUGGAAGGCCUAAAGCUGCAAUUUCCUCGGCCGAAGGACCAGGCUGUGCUGAGGAGGAAGGCAGGCACCAUCCAGGACAGGCUCCUGCCAGAUGCAGAAAAGAAGACCAAGCAGGCAGAGAGGAUGCUGGGAAACGCAGCCUCUGUCUCCUCCAGCACCAAGAAGAAGGGCAGGGAGGCCGAGCUGUUGGCCAAGGGCAGUGCCAAGCUCGCCAAGGCCCUGCUGAGGAAGGGGAAGUUGGAGCACCGCCGUGCCAGCCGGCUCUCCGGCCAGACGCAGACAACCCUCCGACGGGCCUCCCGGCAGGCGCUAACCUUGGAAACCCGCAGGCAGGAGCUGGAGGAAGCCAAGCAGGUGGGUGCCAGGUUGAGCAAGACAGAGCUGCAGAUCCAGGAAUCCCGAGUCUCCCUGCAGAAGGACAUCAAGGCCUUGUCGGAACUGCUGGCCAGGCUGGGGUCACUGGACACCCAUCAGGCCACAGUACAGGCCCUGAAUGAGACCCAGCAGGCGCUGGAGCAGCUGCGGCUGCGACUGAGCCCACCCGGGGCCCUGCAGGGGAAACUGAGGCUGCUGGAACAGGAGUCAGAGCAGCAGGAGCUGCAGAUCCAGAGCUUCGAGAAUGACCUCGCUGAGAUCCGCGCCGACAAGCAGAACUUGGAGGCCAUUCUGUACAGCCUACCCGAGAGCUGUGCCAGCUGGCAGUGACCCCCACUUAGCCCCCCAUAUGCCCACCCCACAAGGGCACCCUGAAAAUACACCCACCAAAGCCUGCUGCUGCGGUGCCCCCCGAGUGAAUAGCCACCUGCCUUCCGAGCCCCUGCCCGCAGCCCUCCCCGCUCCCCACUGCCCCUGCGCCCACGAGGACGUGCAGAUGCAGUGCCGUCACAUGCACACGAGCCUGGGGGCAGCGCCCACUCAUCUACUCCCCCCUCCACUGUGCCCCCACCACCCGCUGGAGGCUCAGCUCAAACGCCCUAGGCAGUAACACUCCUGCGCUUGCUCCUGGAAGCAGGGCCUGGGCCGGCUUGGCACCUGGGGGGCUGGGAGGGGCCAUCUGUGGAGUUCUGGGUCCAGCAAGAGUCUCCCAGUGCCCAGCUGCUUUCUGUCCCAAGGCAGCGCCACCGCCCACUUGCCGCGCUGCGCCACAGAGGAACCGGGCACCCCAAGGAGGGUUCUCAGCAGCGGGACCUGAGCCCUGGGACUCGUGGGACCACGAGCAGCCCCAUUGGGCCAAGGCAUGCCCCACGCCCCAGGGUAGCACAGGCCUCAAGGAGCACAUCAGUCUCAGGGCCUGGGCCUGGCAACUGGCAGCAUCCCCUGUCCUGGUCCGGGGCCUUCCAGCUGUGCACUGUCCACAGACCCAGGCUUCAAGGGCCUGAGGGCCCUGGGCCAGGGACUCAGAUGGGUGCCUGGGUCCCCUGGUUGACCUUUGACUGAAUGACCAACCCGGAUCUGCCCUGUGACCCUGAGGGAGGCCCAGCCUGGAGGCCUUUCUCGUCUGUCCUGUCUGGGGGCCCCUGUGACCUCUGCCCAGGAUUCUCUGCAUUUCCUCCUGGCGCUCCUCCCCUUUCUGGGCCUCUGCCUGCGGACAGCGGGGCCUUGGCACUGGGAGACCAGGAGCGGGUGGCGCUGCCCAUGCUACGCACAGACCAAUUCUGUUUACCGUGGAAAUAAAGGUCCCAUGGCUAGCUGGGUGAUGUGCCUGUGGUCCUCCCGUGAGGGUUGGCAGUCAGGGACCCAGCUACAGGUGCAGACUCAGCACCCUGGUGUGUGGGUGCCCACAUGGCAUCCCCGAGAUGUGCACACUCCCGCACCACUGCGCGGGUGGAGGAGCCCGCAGGAGCUGAACCCCCUUUGUCGGUAUCUCCCUGGGGGCCAGGGCUUUGCUGGGCUCCCACAGGCACCUGCUCUCCCCUCCCCCAGGGCACUUCAUCAGGAAAGGUUGGGGGCUAGAGGCCCCCAGCUGACCUCAGGUUCAGCUUGGAGACACUGACGCAGAAAGCGGAACUCAAAAUCAAGUGCCCUGCAGCACACAGGCCGUGGAGGGACCCCAGGAGGGCUACGGGCUGGGUGAGGACACGAAGGGGACAUUCCAGGCAAGACGGUGGGCCAUGGCGCAGGGGUUGCUGGGUAGGGCCUGGCCA